AUGACCGAGACAUCGAGUAAAGUGGCUUCCUACGAAGACGUGCAGCUGUGCGAGGCUGCACUUUUCGAAUGGGCGGAAAGCUACGACACGAAGGACUGGGACAGACUUGCAAAAUGCAUCGCUCCGACUCUCUACAUCGACUAUCGAACCGUAAUGGGUAAAAUCUGGGAAGAAAUGCCCGCGAAGGAUUUCCUAGGCAUGGCAUCGGACGGGCACUUUCUGGGCAAUGCGCGAAUUAAAACGCAACAUCUCGUCGGAGCGACGAAAUGGACUCGGAUUAGCGACACUGAGAUUACUGGUCUGCAUCAGAUGCGUGUGGCGCAUCAGAAAUACAAAGAUGACGCUUUGACGGAGGUGCUGCAUAAAGGUCACGCGCAUGGCAAAUCCACCAUUCAGUAUCGCAAAGUCGAUGGGGUUUGGAAAUUCGCCGGUUUGACGCCGGAUAUUCGCUGGCAUGAGUAUAAUGUGGACAAGAUCUUUGGGCCGGAAUGA